UGCGGCUCUGAAUCACAUCCAAUCGUCAGCACACGCACUACAGCUCAAACUAAAGCCCGUGGAGGAUGUUUUCAGCUCACAGUGACAUUCUGGGGAGAGCGGCGUGUUUCGACCAGUGUGCGUGUGCGUGUUCGUCCUCCGCUGCUGCAGGUGGCGCUGCUGUUUUCUCGUGCUCGUGAGAAGCAGGAGCGAGUUCCGGUGAAUAUCAAAUUUCUGCUUGUUCUCCUGCUCACCGAUGAAUUUCGUUGAUAAUUUGCACAAAUGGACGAGUAGGAUGGAUCUGGACUUCGGGAACAAACUGCCCCAGGCUCUGUCGUCAAACACUAAACUGCCCCAGUCUCUCUCCUCUAGCGCGAAAUUUCUGCCCUCAGGCCCGUUUGAGCACUACGGGCACCCGGUGGGAGUCAAAGUCAAAGAGGAAGACGAGAGUGUGGAGGAUUUCUUUCAUUUCGCUCAGCAUCUGCAGCAGCAGACCGGAGAGUGUCUCACGGCUUGUUGCGGCGGACCGAACCCUAAAAGCCUGUCUCUCACGGAUCCGGCCAAGACCAACAGUCGUCCCUCGGCGGACCGGCCGUACCACUGCCAGGAGUGCGGCAAGUACUUCCGAAUCAACGACAUCAAGAGGCAUCAGCGGAUACACAGCGGCGAGCGGCCCUUCCCGUGCUUCCAGUGCGGUAAAAACUUCCCCACGUCCGGGGACCUGAAGAGGCACGAGAGGAUCCACACGGGCGAGCGGCCCUACCACUGCCUGCAGUGCGGCAAGAACUUCUCCGAUUCGGGCCACCUCAAGCAGCACGAGAGGAUGCACACGGGCGAGAGGCCGUACCAGUGUCCGCAGUGCGCCAAGCGCUUCUACCGCUCGGGCGACCUCAAACGCCACCUGAGGAUCCACAGCGGCGAGCGGCCGUACAAAUGCCUGCAGUGCGGCAAAACCUUCUCCGACUCCGGACACUUGAGGGGCCACCAGCGCAUUCACACGGGGGAGCGGCCCCACCGCUGCACGCUGUGCGAGAAAAGCUUCUUCAGAUCGGGCGACCUCAAGAGGCAUCACAGAACACACACGGGCGAGCGGCCCUACCAGUGCUUCCAGUGCGGCAAGAGCUUUUCCGAGUCGGGACACCUGAAGGAGCACCGGAGGAUCCACACCGGAGAGAAGCCGUACCACUGCAACCAGUGCGACAAGAGCUUCUCCAGGCUGGAGCGUCUCAAGGGUCACCAGAGCAUCCACACGGGCGAGAGGCCCUUCCACUGCACGCAGUGCGGCAAGAACUUCUUCCGCUCGGGAGAACUGAAGCGGCAUCAGAGGAUCCACAACGGGGACCGAGCGUGAGCCGGCGUCCGCCGACGAUCGGCCGCGGACGUGCUCUCGUCCUCCUCGUUCGCCCUUCGCCGAAGAGCGCGUGACGGCCUUCCCGCACGAGCGGAAGACGCCGCUCUGCUGACCCUGCGAUACUGUAGAGCGCAGCUGAUCGCUGACUUCCCCUCUUCAUUCCCCUUAGAAAUCAGCAUACGCUGCGUGUCGUUAUAAAUGUGUGCAGCCAGUCACGUUCGUCGUCGUAGACCGUUAUGAAGCGCUACCUCUGCACGCCUCCAAAGCUCCAGCUGUCGCUCCGAUUUCACCGACCGACUGACGUUCGUCACGCCGUCUGUAUGUUGUUGAGAAAUAUAUGGUCAAGUGACUCAUUGGAACUGUAUAUUGUACAGGAGGAUAUUAUUAUGGUGUAUGCUCACAUUCCCUGUAUUUAAUGAAUCCCUCUCAAACUGUGUCUGUUUGUUUUUUUGUUUUUAAUAUAAACUGAACUGUUUUACCGUCAACAGGAGACGACGCCACUGAAGCGUUUCUGAAUCGUCUCUCGUUUCGAUGCGAGCGCUUGGUUUGUCUCUGGCUGUGUGUUUUACUAGCUGCUGUAAAUCACGUACGUGAAACACCGAAUAACACAGUUACCGUUUAACUGUACACUUUAAUAUUAACUGUUAUGAAAGAAGUUACAAAGUAUAGACGUGCUCCAUUUCAACAGCUGUUUGUGGUCAGUUUUUGAGCACCAGGUGAUUAAUGUAGUAAACUGAGCUCAUAAAUCAUAUUAGAUUUAACUUUUAGCUCUUUACAUUCAUUAUUAUUAUUAUUAUUAUUGUUUUGAACUGUUCUCUAUUUUUUACUUUCUCUAUAUAUACGUGUGUGUAUUUAACCAUCUGUAGUUUGUGUGUUCCGUUUGGGAGGCUUUAAUGCCAUCAGAAAGGCUGUUUACAGUAGUAA